AUGCCAUCCCUGCCUUUCACUCAACCGUACCCAUCACUCUUAUCCUUCGCACAGUGUGGCGUCCACCAGCUGCUAAAAGUUGCCCGGCUGGCUAGCAGUACAUCAACAACGCCCGCGUUCUUUAGUAGCGUGUUUCAGACCAAGUUGGCGGAUGCUGAGCGGUAUCUUGCCGGCCUAGAUAACAACUCAGAGGAGCUGGCAGACAGGCCGAUAAUCCACAUUUCAAGCUGCCAUGAACUACUGUGUCAUCAUGAUGUGGGCGGCCUGUUUCCUGACUUGCUUAUCCAGAACCACCAACAUUCUACGAAAUCGUCCUUAACAAUCACAUCAAUUGCUUCAGUCCUCGUUUCCGACACAACCAGAGCCUGCAUUCUUCGUGUCAGGUGUCUUCAGGAUUGCAGCCCGUCGACCGAGUUCUCGUUGUACCGGGAGGCGGAUUUGGCCCCGAGAUCACUCUGGCAGCUUGCCGCUGAACAAGGUGGCAUGGAUUAUGAGGAGGAUGUCAGUCAACUGAGGGUCAACCCCUCUGUAAACAUUGAUUACAUACCUGGACGGGAGGUCGUCUCUCUGGCGGAAUUACUGCAAUUGACGCACAUGUCCGGGAGGAUGAGGCUUCUUCUUUCGUGUACCCUUGCGGAUAUGUUUUGGAAAUCCUAUGGUGGGCCAUGGAUACAGGGACGAUGGAAUAAACACAUAAUUCAAUUUAUGUUGGACCACCAGCAGGACAACAGUCACCAAAUCCAUCUGGAUAAGCCCCACCUGUUGAUCGCCCUUGGAGGUGACGACGAAGUUCUCGCACAUGACAGCGGUUUCAAAACUCAUGAUUUUCCCGGAAUUCUAGCGCUGGGAAAAUUGCUGCUCGAAAUCAUCGUGGGCAUAGAUAUCGAGGGCGAUCGACGUUCCAAUCCAGGGCUUUCCACCAUCACCGCAUAG